AUGACCUAUGUUCGCUCAUGUCCAGUCGGACAUCGCCCAUCGACUCUCCCACAGACACCCCCUUUAUCGUUCAAUCAUUCGGUCCAGUGGUUUAACACGGAAACACACGCAAGAACUACUGACAUAACUAGUCAGCAGAUGGAUGGUUUUUUAACCCGGAAACCAGUUGCCCGGCCACUGGACACUAUCCAGGGACUGAUUAAGUGCGACCAUGCGUUCACUUCUGGAUAUAUAUAUUCGUAUCUAUCUAUCUAUCUAUCUAUCUAUCUAUCUAUCUAUCGCAAUCUUUUCAUUAUAUAUCGAUCCAUCGAUAUUAGUCUAUCUAUCUAUCUAUCUAUCUAUCUAUCUAUCUAUCUAUCUAUCUAUCAAAUCUUGUUCAAUAUGUAUCUAUCUCAGUCUGUUCAUCUAUCUAUCUAUCUAUCUAUCUAUCUAUCUAUCUCAGUCUGUUCGUAUCUAUCUAUCUAUCUAUCUAUCUAUCUAUCUAUCUAUCUCAGUCUGAUAUUAUAUCUAUCUAUCUAUCUAUCUAUCUAUCUAUCUCAGUCUGUUUUAUUCAUCUAUCUAUCUAUUAUCUAUCUAUCAUAUCAUCUAUCUAUCUAUCUCAGUUGUUCAAAACCAUUCAUCUAUCUCGGUCAGUACAUCAUCUAUCUAUCCAUCUCUCUUUUUAUCUAUGUGUCUCAAACUUAUCAUUAUCUAUCUAUAUCUAUCUGUUCAUCAUCUAUCUAUAUAUCGAGCUAUCUGUGUCACUGUCAAUUAUCUAUCUAUCUAUAG